ACUUAAUUAACUAGUUGAGAUCGACAUGCAUGGAUGCGUGAAUCUAUUGUUGCAUUUUUUCUAAUGGAUAGUUAGAUUUGUUCCAGCUUUUUUUUUGUCAAUUCUGUUACAUUUGCAGUGUCUUCAACUUCUGCAUCAUUCUUCUCUAUUCUUCCUUCACUUUCUUUCUUGAACUAGAAAAGCAAACCAGAGUUCUUUUUCCCCCUCUUCUACAUAAACGAAAACAGCUUGUUGACUGGCUCCCUAGAGCUUUUUGUAAGUUGAUCAUCGAAGUAGCUAGUUCUCUUCACUUAUCAGUCAUCACUGUUCUAUGUUCUAUCUGCAUUUUCCUUGAUUUUGUACUUUUCCUGAACGAAAGGACAAUCCUUAGCCAUCAUAAUGCUAUGAUCGACUUAUUCUGAAGUCAUCCGGCCUCGAUCCUCUUUUGUUUCGGUGAGAUCUGUAAUGGUUUAGGAAAAUUAUGGAUCUCUGAAAAAUAAGAAACAUCUAGUAGUAUAUGAAAUUAAGAAAUGUCGGACCACGUCAAAUCCUACUGGUAUCAUAUACCAGAUAACUAACUUUUUGAAUGGAACCAAACACGAGAUUGUGAAUAUAUAGCAGUAAGAAAUACAACCCCGAAGGGUAAAGGAGAAAAAGGAAAAGCAGUUUAGUGUACGAGCUGUAGGAGUAGCUUUGCUCCUGCCAAGGCCCAGAUCCUUGCCUCUUCCUUCAUUUCUGCGAGGAGACCAGGCACUGAGGUCUCAUUGUGAUCGAAGAUUCUCCUGUUUCUCUCCUUCCAGAUCUCCUUUGGGAACACCCUGUGUGUUUGCAAGCGCUUAGCUUCAUUUUCAUGCAUGAUAUGAUCUCUGGAUAGAAGAUAAGUAGCCCCCACACAUGCACUUCGCCACCUAUAGCCAGCCUCGAGUUCUCAUCUGUUUGAUCCGUCGCACAUGUGGAGCAACGAAGCUCUAGAACACAGCACACACAGCUACAAAUCGACUGUAAUUAAGGUACGUAUAUAUAGGUGACAAUGGACAACCAGCAGCUACCCUACGCCGGUCAGCCGGCGGCCGCAGGCGCCGGAGCCCCGGUGCCGGGCGUGCCUGGCGCGGGCGGGCCGCCGGCGGUGCCGCACCACCACCUGCUCCAGCAGCAGCAGGCGCAGCUGCAGGCGUUCUGGGCGUACCAGCGGCAGGAGGCGGAGCGCGCGUCGGCGUCGGACUUCAAGAACCACCAGCUGCCGCUGGCGCGGAUCAAGAAGAUCAUGAAGGCGGACGAGGACGUGCGCAUGAUCUCGGCGGAGGCGCCCGUGCUGUUCGCCAAGGCGUGCGAGCUCUUCAUCCUGGAGCUCACCAUCCGCUCGUGGCUGCACGCCGAGGAGAACAAGCGCCGCACCCUGCAGCGCAACGACGUCGCCGCCGCCAUCGCGCGCACCGACGUGUUCGACUUCCUCGUCGACAUCGUGCCGCGGGAGGAGGCCAAGGAGGAGCCCGGCAGCGCGCUCGGGUUCGCGGCGGGAGGGCCCGCCGGCGCCGUUGGAGCGGCCGGCCCCGCCGCGGGGCUGCCGUACUACUACCCGCCGAUGGGGCAGCCGGCGCCGAUGAUGCCGGCGUGGCAUGUUCCGGCGUGGGACCCGGCGUGGCAGCAAGGAGCAGCGCCGGAUGUGGACCAGGGCGCCGCCGGCAGCUUCAGCGAGGAAGGGCAGCAAGGUUUUGCAGGCCAUGGCGGUGCGGCAGCUAGCUUCCCUCCUGCACCUCCAAGCUCCGAAUAGUGAUGAUCCAUAUGGUUCCAUGCAUGCAUCGCUGAGGUGCUAGCUAGCUACUAUAGCUGCUCAAAUCAAAUGCUCAAUGUGUCGGUAAUUAAUUAAUGUGGUACGUAUUAACUUAACCGAUGUACGUAAUGGACGCUCAAGCUAAUUAAGGGAUGUACAAUUUACUAAUUAAUUUAAUUUGUAAUAUAUAGCCGAUUAACUAGCAAGGUGACCCAGUACUAUUUGUAAUUUCUUUUCCCGUUAUGCUACUAAUUGUGGACGCACAAACCAUUACCGGAACAGAAAUUACUACUGAUGAAUUACUAUAUAUAAUAAGCUUAUAUAGAUGGAUGAA